CAGCGUCGGGCGAGGCUCUGUUGUGGGGCGGGGUCUAUCUGCCUCCCAGCCAAUGGCAAAGGGUGUAGACUGGCGCGCGCGUGCUGCGAGUUCCAGUUCCGGCGGGUUGGCGGCGGCGGCGGCGCCGCCUCAGGGCCAUGGAUCCCGCCGAGGCCGAGUUCCUGGCCGAGAAGGAGCUGGUGACCGUCAUCCCCAACUUCAGCCUGGACCGGAUCUACCUCAUCGGGGGGGAUUUGGGUCCCUUUAAUCCUGGCUUGCCUGUGGAAGUGCCUCUUUGGCUAGCUGUUAACCUAAAACAGAGACAGAAGUGUCGGCUAAUACCUCCUGAAUGGAUGGAUGCUGAAAAGCUGGAGGAAAUCCGGGAUCAGGAACGCAAAGAGGACACUUUCACUCCAAUGCCCAGUCCCUACUACAUGGAACUAACUAAGUUGCUGUUAAACUAUGCCUCAGACAGCAUCCCGAAAGCAGAUGAAAUCCGAACACUGGUUAAGGAUACCUGGGAUACGCGGAUAGCUAAACUGCGGUUGUCUGCGGACAGCUUUGUCAGACAGCAGGAGGCCCAUGCCAAGCUGGAUAAUCUGACCUUGAUGGAGAUCAACACCACUGGGACUUUUCUUACUCAAGCCUUAGAUCACAUGUACAAGCUACGCACAAACCUUCAGCCGGCUGAGAGUGCCCAGUCCCAGGAUUUCUAAGAUGUCUUCUGACAAUCUAAAACCCUCAUGGGAUGAGGCAAUAAUAGUAGGAGGACUCUGCCCUCUGGACACUAUUAAUGAGUCCUAAUGCAACUUGCCUUAUGCUGUUUUUAUGCCUUAAAUACCCUGUAUAGGUCUCUGCUAAAAACCAUGCAAGUCUUAUACAUUUCCUGUCAAUUGUAUCUAACUUGAGUCUCUGUGGUGUUUGUGUUCAGGCAAUAGGAAGAAGGCAGUCUUGUGGCUGCAUAUUAAUAAGUUGAGGACUGCUAAUGGCACAGAGGGCAUUCCCUGCUCAGCAGCUAUCGUGAACAGCUUCUGCUCUAUAAUGAGCAUCCUUGGCAAAACAAAUGAUUCUACCUGGCAGAACUCUCCCAGCCCCUGUGCAGCUGUCUUUGCAAGAUGAAUUGGUUGCAGCAGUUAGAUGCUGUUGGGAGGUUUUUCUUGUUAUUGCCUUAUUGGAUGGGGUUUUUAAAAUCUCUUAAAUGAUAUGUAGCAGCAAUAAAUAUGCUCUUAGUUUAGUGUCUUGCUCUUCUCCUUCCUCUGGGUUGUCUAAAGCCUGGUUGAGGAAGAUCCCAGAAUGGGACUGUUUUAAACACCUGAAUGCACAGUCCUGGGGCUUCCCUGGGCUACGGAGUGAUAUAUGGAUUUUAACCCACCUCUACUGCGUUUUACGGCUUUUCUCCAACUGAGGCCAUCACUUACAGCAGUAUAUUUGUCUCUGAGCAGAGCUGGUAGAUGAGCUCACAUGGCUGGCUUGCCAAGGCCAUUUAAGUGCACAGUUCUCUCUCUCUGCACUUGUAGCUUUGUAUUUCUCCCCCAGUGGGAGCUUUAAAGAGAACACGCGCUACCUCAUUUGGUUCAGGUACUGCUUCUAGUGGGCCACUGAGAUAUUUGGUGUGGAUGCAGCUGUGGCAGGUGGUGGCUUACCAGCAGCAUUUCUCUCUCAUGUACACUUAAAAAAAAUCCCUUUUAUUUUCCUGAAUAUGAAUGUUAUCAUAAUCUCUGCACUAGAGAGAAUAUUAGGUGGUGUUCAUAGAGCAUGUUCCUGGAUACUGUGGGGGUAGUUGAUAGUUUGAAAGCAAAAGCUGAUGAUGCAUCUUAGCUCCCACUGCACUGAAUCUAAUCUCUGACAACAUGCCAGUUGAUGUGCUAGGCUUCAUGUGGACAGCAGUAAAGGGGAGAACCUAGCCAAUCUGCUGCCUGUUGGAGAGACAUAGAAGUGGGUCCAAAAUCCAGUUGGAGGAGCAGAAGGAAAUAUUCCAGAUAGUUGGAAGACAUGUCACCGUGAUGUACUGUACAUUUGAUCUUUUGACUGAAGUUUUUUUUAAACAAAUAGUAAACAACCCAUGCAUAAAAAAGAGUGAACUGUCUGUCGG